AUGAUGCGUCAAGUUCGAGAGCUAUACGACAACUGCGCAGGCUACGGAUACUUUGCCACCGUGCCCUCGAGCAGCCACAUCGUGUGUGCCAUCUUUCGGGGCGAGACGGCUCUUCCCGAUCAGCUGGCCAUCAUGUACGACACGCUGCGGGACAUGCAUCUCGACUCGGCGACGCACACAUACAACGUACCUGUAAACGAAAAUAUGCCGGGGAACGGCACGGUGGUCAUCAUUUCCGGCAAGCGCGCGAGUAUUCUGCCCACUGUUUUCGUUGAGAACAGGCUUGUGACGAAACUCGAGGACAUGAUUCCGCGUAGUGCUCUGGAGGAGGCGUUGGACUUGGAUACGGGACAACUUCGUUUCGACAACGACACCGGCAACCCAAACGACACGACUGGUGGCGAUGACCAAAGCGCCGGCAACAUAGGCGGUGGCAUGUACGACCAAGGCAAUACUUACGCCUACCAAAAAUACACGCUGCCAGUGGAGACAGACAGCGGGGCGGCUGGACCGAGCGGACUCUCUUCCUAUUCGACCUAUGGCCAUGCUGCAGCAAUGGAAGAGACAAGCACCGCCGAAUACGCACAGGGCCCGGGCAUGGCAUACAGCCAGUCUGCAGCGCUGAUGGAGACCGUCAGUAAACACAUCAUACAGAGCGAAACGUCCUACAGUGGCCGCGGCGUUGACGCUCUCGAGCCAGCCUCGACCCCGGGCAUGCACACGGUCCCCCCUGAGCAGCCGUUGUCGCUUCCACAGCACCCGCAAGCGCUUGGGUGGAAGUCAGUGUCCGAAGGGUGA